GAGCAGCAGCGAAGGACAACAGGAAGUGACCAGAUGCUAGCAAUUGGUCGAAGGAAAACCAUGGAUCUAUAAUAAGAACCGGAGACGUGAGCCCAGCAGUGGGGCUAGUUCUGUACAGAUGGGUUCUCCUCUCAGUUUAACACUGUUCCACUCGUUUUAUUCGUGGGAUUUAAACGUUAAACGUCUUAUUUCUCCGUUCAUAUUUAGAAUGAAACGGUCCAGUUUGCAGAUCUGAGCCAUGAACUCGGUGUCCCCCAGUGCUGCGCAGUAUGUGGGAGGUGUGAUGCAGGAUGACCGUGUAGAAAUGCGCAGGCAGCAGUGUAACUAUGGACCCAGGCCAUCGCAGACGGCCGAUCCCACGAGAGACGCAGCCGAUGAGCCAGAUGAAGUGGAUAAACUUAAAGCUAGAUUUAUUUCAGCCUGGAACAACGUCAAAUAUGGCUGGACAAUAAAAACUAAAACAUCUUUUAACAAAAUCUCACCAGUUCACAUCCUGGGACAGUCGUUUCUACUCAACAGUGAAGAUGAGGUGGAGCGAUUCCGUCUGGCCUUUGUCUCUCGCGUUUGGAUGACCUACAGGAAGGAGUUUCCUCAAAUAGAAGGCACCUCUUUGACGACAGACUGUGGCUGGGGCUGUAUGCUGCGCAGUGGUCAAAUGAUGCUGGCUCAGGGGCUUUUGGUCCAUCUGAUGCCCAGAGACUGGACUUGGCCGGACGCUCAGCCGCUAACUGACGUGGAUUUUGAAGUUUUUCGACCUCGAUCUCCAGUUCGAGCUGCUGGUAUUCCCAUUCCCUCAUUUGCUGCUCCUCGAAUGCUCAACACUCCUGAGAAAACAUCUACGAGCGACAGUACGGCCAGAACGAGCCAGAGGGAAAGGCCCGAGUCUACAAGAGAUAAGCAGGCCGAGCCCAUCCACCACAAACUGCUCACGUGGUUUGACGAUCAGCCGCUCGCUCCCUUUGGAAUUCAUGAAUUGGUGGAAAUUGGCAAAAGUUCAGGGAAAAAAGCAGGUGACUGGUACGGCCCCUCCAUAGUCGCUCACAUACUUCGGAAAGCCGUAGCAAAAGCCUCAGUCGUCCAUAACCUGGGAGUGUACGUGGCUCAGGAUUGUACUGUGUACAAAGGCGACGUGGUCCACCAGUGUGAUUUGACACAAAGUCGAUCCCCCGGUGAUCAGCUGAACCACUCAUGGAAGUCUGUUAUCAUCCUCGUUCCUGUUCGUUUGGGCGGCGAGGCUCUAAACCCGUCCUACAUCGAAUGUGUAAAGAACAUCCUUCAGCUGGAGUGUUGUAUCGGCAUCAUCGGAGGAAAACCAAAACACUCGCUCUAUUUUAUUGGUUUUCAAGACGAUCAUUUACUUUAUCUGGACCCUCAUUAUUGUCAACCUGUGGUAGACGUCACUGAAGUCGACUUUUCACCAGAGUCAUUCCACUGUAGUUCACCUAAAAAAAUGCCGUUUAAUCGUAUGGACCCGAGCUGCACCAUCGGUUUCUACGCCAAAACCAGAAAAGACUUUGAAUCGCUCUGUUCUGCUGUUAGUGUGGCUCUUUCUUCGUCCAAGGAGAAGUACCCCAUCUUCACGUUUGUGGAGGGGCGGGGCCAGGACUACGGACUCGAGGGACACGGCAGUAACCAUAGUUUUCCCGCUGCCCACAUUUUACCCUCACGAACUGUGGAAAACUCUUACAACAGAAGAAACAGUGAUGAGUUUGUCUUCCUGUAAAGCUCUGAGGACACUAUAAAACCACUUUUAUUUAAAACAAAACGGGAUCUCCAGUCUAAUGUGUGUGGGGUUCAUUGUGUCAUGUGAAGAACCGUAGAACGUCACUGCCCAAAAACGAAAAAAAAUAUGUUACUUUAAGAAUAUUUAUCUUCAUUUUAAAGAGUCAGUUUGCUGAUUGUGAGGCUGGAUCGGUGUAAAUAUUAUCUACUGUACAUUAGUUUUAUAUAUUUAUUUAUCAUGAGUGUGUUUGAGUGUGCGUGUGUGCGUUUGUGUGCGUGUAAACCGUUCUCAUUUUGUGUUUGUGUGUUUAGACUAUUUCAUAAAGGCUCAGUCAGUUUAAAUUGCAGACUUGCCUCAGUUCUCUCCCAGAGCGUCAUUAUGAUUUGUUGUAAUAUUUCAUAUGUACGAGUCUCCAGUCUCCUGAUAACAGUGCGUUUAUGCGAAUGUAGCGCUCAUGAAAUCAUUUGUGUUCAACUGUGCUGAAUUUACUGAUUAAAGUCACACACUGGAAUCAUUUGU